AUGAAGUUUUGCAGCGAAACAACUUUAUGUGAAAAAGACUAAUAACCACAUAUACCCUCAUUGAUUGACAACUAAAAGUCAAUAGGGCAAUCAGAGUCUUCUAUCACUUCAGCUACUCUUGACUAGCUGACAGGAAUAAAGUCGUUUAAUUUUAAUGAGGAAAAGCUAUGGAUUUAAAAUGAAAUAGACUAAGAAAUCUCCUUGAUAGUUUCACCAUUGAUUUCGAUGGUAACAUCUCCAAUUAGUUAAAAUUAUCUCAACUUAUCUCGAAAACUAUUCAGCAAUGAUCAUUUUGAUGAUUUUGAAUGUUCAAGCGAUACAAUCACUGAGUGCUUUGAUUAAUCCUAAAGCUGUUUAGAUUCUUCUCAAAGCAUCUAUUAAAGAAAUAAAUAGAAGUAAUAUCAAAUAGGAAACUAGAUAAGAGCUUAAAGUAAACAAAUUCACAAAAAAAUAUCAAAUUUGCAAAGCAAUAGAAUGUCAGAUCAAUAAAAAAUUGAUGAAAUCAAUUUAAACGAGAGAUUCUAAUCCUUCAGAAAUAGAAGAAGACAUAGAAAACUAUAAGCACACAUAAAAAUUCUAAACGAAGAAUAUUCGAAAAAUCCUUACUGGGCAAGGAAUAAAAUUUUAGAAAUAUCUAAAAUUACUUCGCUCAAGCCUAGUCAGAUAUAUAAAUGGAAUUGGGACAGGAGGAUAUUUAAAAAUCAAUAAGUUAUUAGGGAACUUAUUGCUUAGAAGAGGUACUUUGGGAAAUUGUUUGAUGUUCAAAAAUCCUCUCAUACGUUUUCUGAAGGUAGUUUAAAUAUCUUCAAGGUUGAGAGAGAUUGUUUAUGUCAUCAUAAUAAAAUUUGA